UGCCAUGGAGAUUUCCUUUUAUGUGGAAAACAAAUGUGUCAGUGAGCCUCCAAAAUUUGCAUUUAUCCAUGAGAAUACAUCAGCAGUCCUUUAAAAAAUGCCUAAAACUACGUUGUUCACUGUGGAUCUCAACCAGUAGACCUUUAUCUAAAUGUGGGCUUAUUGUCAAGCAACUAGACCAAGAGUAUAUGAAUGUAAACGCAUUACGAAACCACUCGGCACCGAUGACACGGCAAGUCAAGAAUCCAGCGAACAUCAUGGUAGCGUUCAGUACUACCCGAUGCUCUAUGGCUGUUUACAGAGCAAUGGAGAACAGCACUGCCUCUCUCCUCAUAACACACAGUCUCAUUGCCAGCACGAUCUCUGCUUGGAACAAUAUGACUAGUGCACCAAAAUACACAACUGAACCCGAUGUCAGCACUGAAGACAUUUAUUAUGACUAUUACAAUACUGACAUUGAUGAGAGCUUUGGAAUCUGUGAUUAUGGAAGCCAUGACAAGCACUUCCUUCCUGUACUCUACUCCCUCUUCUUCGUGGUGGGCUUCCUCGGCAAUGCCCUGGUGGUGUGGGUCAUCCUUGGGGGAGCUCAUCUAAGAAGCAUGACCGACGUAUGCCUGCUCAACCUGGCUUUCGCCGACCUGCUCUUGGUCAUCUGUCUGCCCUUCCUGGCCCACUACGCCAGGGACCACUGGGUUUUCGGGAGUGCCAUGUGCACCGUUGUCCUCGGCUCGUACUACGUCGGCUUCUACAGUGGCAUCUUCUUCAUCGUAUUGAUGAGCGUGGACCGAUAUCUGGCCGUGGUGCACGCCGUGUUCGCACUGAGGAUCCGAACAAAGGCGUUCGGGAUCCUGUCCAGCGCGCUUGUCUGGAUGGUCAACGUGAUGUCGUCUUUCCCCGAGCUGAUGUACCUCCGUGUGGAGACGUUCAACAACACACAGCUCUGCAGUGCUUAUCAAAAUAAGAAUAAGCAGCACGACUUGAGGGUGAUUGGGGUCAUUAAGAUGAAUGUCCUGGGCCUGCUAUUGCCUCUGGCCGUCAUGGGGUUUUGCUACUGGAAUGUGCUGCGUCGGCUCCUCAAGCUGCGCGCCUCCAAGCAGCAGGCCGUCCGCCUCGUCGUCGUGGUGAUGGCUGUCUUCUACUGCUGCUGGACCCCGUACAACAUGGUGGCGUUCCUCAAGAUCCUGGAACUGAAGGGCAUCUGGGAAACAGACUGCGAGUCCAGCAAAAGGAUCCAGGUAUCUCUGCAGGUGACAGAGGCCAUAGCCUACUCCCACAGCUGCCUCAACCCUUUCCUCUAUGUGUUCAUGGGGGAGAAAUUUAAGAGGCAGCUUGUAAAACUUCUGCGCAAGACACCAUGCAUCAAACUGCAGUUCAUGAAGAAGUACUUCCCCUCAGUGACGGGCUCGGUGUAUUCACAGACCACGACCGUGGAGGAGCGUCCCACUGGCCUCUGAACAACAGCAGUCACGGGGCUGUCAAAAUCUCAGUUUACAACUCCAGAGUAGAAAAAGGAUCUUCUCUCAUUUUUUUGUCUGAUGACACAAGGAUAAUUGGUUUCUAGACCAACAAAUGGAUGGGAACUAGAUUUAAAUAUGAAGAGAUUUUUGCAGUCUCCAAGGAGAACAAAUGUAAUAUUUUGUAAAUAAAACUGGAUCUCAAUAUCCAUUUGGACUUUCUCAAAGACGUCGACAUGAAUCAAAUAUUCCCCAGUUUUUGACCAAGUAGAAAUGGACACUUCAGAUAAACUGAAAGAAAUAUGAGCAGCAAAAAUCUUUCAUGGUGGAAAUAUUUUCCACAGUAGUUUUGGUUGUGCAGGUACACAUGUAGAGUGUUUCUGUUCACUCAAAACCCAAACCUGGUGUCAGGGUAAAGUGUGAAUCUGGGUCAGGCUCACAACCUCAGCCCUCUUACCAUGAACCCCACAGUGACGGGUUAACUUUGCUUCUGCACUAAUCAGCCAUACUUUUCUCAUGCAGUGAAACCCAUUGCCCAAGCAAAGCCCUAACAGCAGGCAGACUGCCACACUGCUUCAGGCAACAGCAAAUGGAAUUGGGACCCGAAGACUUCUUGCUGGGGACGAUUAGUUUUGUGUCACUCAAUCUAUGAUGUGUUCCAGUUUGCUCUGGCACAUAUUGGGUCACACUUUCACAACAUCACUAGCCUCAAUGUGUGCUGUAUGGCACAUUGUUUUUUUUUUUUAAUUAUUACUUAACUGCUUUCAUUUAAUGAAUGAAUGGAUUGUUAUGUUUGUAUAGUGAUUUUGCUUGAAAAUCCACUGUAAGUCACAAAGUGUGUUCACACCUAGUACAAUCAAUGCGCACCAGCAGUUCUGGUGGAGAUUGAGAGCUCCGAGAUGUCAGAGAUGUGACUGCCCAGAAAUUUGGCCCAUUCAGACCCAGAAACAGUUCACGUGUACCCGUGUGGUGCCAUCCAACUGAUUCAUCUGAUAUUCAGAAAUUAGAAACACAUUGCUUACCACACAGGGACUGUCCCAGUUUACAGACAAAAAUGUUAACUCUGUUGAUCUCAGCUGCCAUUUAGCCUAAAGUGUCAGAGUAUUAGCCCUGUCACAGCAAAGGGGCCAAUGGGUAGGACACUCGAACAGGAAUCAGCUGAUAAAAAUACCAGCAAUACCACCACUCAUCACACUGCUCUGCAUUCUGCCACGUUGCACUGAAUGUGGCUGUCUAAGAAUAUUAAAGCCCAGAGGUGUCUGUUCAUACCUCUCUUGUGCACCUUUUCAUACUUCCUUUUCCUGUAGACCAGCUAGUCAGGCCUGAAGUUCGUAUAGUUAAUGAAUACUACUACUGCUAUUACCAACACUGCCACCUCCCCUGCUACUAUCAUAUUUUUAUGCUUCUAGUACUCUUCUAAUAUUAUUAUAGAUGGUGUUAUGUGCGUCUAUUCCUCAAAGCUGAUGACCAGAAGGUAGCUGGAUUUCUCUGCCUGUGGAGUGGACUAGUGUUAAAAGUAAACCCUCCCUACCAGUGGAGUGGACUAUGGUUAGGGUAAACCCUCCCUACCAGUGGAGUGGA